CGUAAACAAAAAUGGCCGCGCCGUAGUUUGAAUUUGUUGUCAGUUUGGACUGUUUAUCGUCAUUAUUUAUUUCAAAAUUAACGUGCUGGUUACUAAAUUAGUAACUACCUCGUAAUGCACUUAUGGUAUAUUGUCGGUGCAUACCAAUAACAUAAUAUCUAGGCUAAAACAAUGGAACAUCAAGGAAAGAUUGAAAAAUGGAUCAACUCGAUUCUGGCUGACAAAUUGGAAAGCGUUGCAAGCGAAGUAAAGAAACUAUUAGAAUGGGAUCUUCAUCCAAAAAUGAACAGAUUCAUCUUCAAAGCUCUGCUAUGUCUGUCACACUCAGCAGCACGCUUGCAAUCUACAGAUAUCCAAAAUGGGAAAAGACUUUUUAAAAUAGCAGACAAGCUAUGCUCUUCCUUGACAGAAAUACCAGAUUUUAUAAAGUACUUCUCUAGCCUGUAUCACGUCGCUCGAAUACUAAUCAUCAUGCAGUUGUAUCACGAGGCUAUGAAUAUCAUAGUAUGGUCUUUUCCUGGAAACAUCGUUAACGGCUUGACCCCUCAGCAAUUAGACAUGUACCCAAAAAUUGCCGGUUUGUGGCGUGAUGCUGCAGAAAAAUUAACCGGAACUAAAACACCCUGCAAACUCGAUAAAGCCAAACACAAGCUGUUGUUAGAUUUAAUAAGUAACGAGUUGAGGGUACUGGAAGUUAUAGUUAAGGAGCGUACCAUGUUCGUCUUGUGCAGAACGAUUCGCUACCUAACAAAUCUUGAUAUUCUACUCGGACAGUGUAAACACAAUACUACUAAUCAGAACCAUCGUAGUAUUAUAAAGAGCUUUCUAUCUAAGAUCGAUGUAAGUCUGACAGACGAAGAAAAGUACGACGUUUACCAAGACAUUCUACGUUUCAUAAAUUCAACUACCGUUGCUGCCAUUACCUCAACGCGGGUGAAAAAUGCUCCCACGGUCUUAGCGGGUAGCUGUUCAAUCGUUGAAACCAUUUUCAGCAGAGAUCCGGAACUAUGCUUUUGCCUUUCACUCUAUAGACACAUGGGAAUGAUACUGUUAGAGUCUAUAAAUGACUCGAUGAAGUUAUCGCAUUGGAAACUUUCAAAACUAAGAAAUGAAACUCUUAAAAUUACUCAGAUUUAUCACGACAGCAAGGCAGCCGCAUUAAAUAUGCGGAUGAUAGGCUUUAUUGUACAGCCUGUAUUGGUGCACUGGGAGCGUUAUAUUGCCGCUAACAAUCUUGAAUUUUUAAAGGCUACAUCGCUGCAGGAAAUUCUUGGCGUAAUACAUCUCAUGUUUACUGUUUUAAACUCGAGCUGGUCAAACAGUUGCGAAGUGUGUCGUGAGAAUAAUUGUGUAAUGCGGACGACUACGCAUACGGUCACUGUGGUCAGCAUGAAGUGUUUGGCUACCCUCUCCAAAAUACCUGCCAAUGAUUUGCUCAGUAGUAUAUUUCCGUGCGUGCAAGAACUUCUCGAAGAAACUCUCGCGACAAUAUUCGAAAUGAAGUUGUGUAAAUGCGCACAAUGGUCUGCUCUCUGGAAUAAUUGCGCGAUACAUAUCUACAACCUGAGCGUAAGCUGUCACAAAGUGGCGUAUGAAGAGAGCGUGUACCUCUUCUCCCUUCUGUGCUCUGCUAUUGUAAAAUUUGAGGGGCUCAAAUCGUCAAACAUCUUGCUAUCCAUGAAGAAUCCUCUGUCCUAUGUCCUCCACAGGCUCAGUAGCGUUCACUAUAAUCAUGGAAGUUACAGAGAAGCAUUGACGCUGUGCGCCUUGAAUGGCCUACUGAGUUACCGCGAUGCCGACAGCAAAGCAUUCCGCAUGUGGGCGAGCAUAAAGCACGCUUGUGCAACGUCAUCGGACAUCUUAUCAAUGACCAUGCUCGCUUGUCUGCGAGAAGACAGUGACGCUAUUUCCACUAUUGGGAUUAAAGUGAAGCUGGACGAUUACGAUCUGAAUGAACUUUGUAUUCAGGAAUUGAGGGGCUUGCAAGAGGGACGGUGCAAUUUGUCCCUCUCUAUGCAGGCCACGCUCGACGAGUUGGAAAUUCUCAAUUCUGAGGGACUGGUCUACGCUCAAGGAGUUCAAAUGCUGGGAUACCACAUGCUCCAAUAUCAGUAUGACCAGAAUUUUGCCGAGUACUUGAAGCGGGCGAUCGUAAAGCUGAAAGAAGACAAAAUCACCAGCAAUUUACACCUUGCGACUGCCGCCAGUUUUGACUUUUACACUUUUGUAGUUAAUCUGCACAAUAUUAUAGAUCAUACAAAAGCUGAAAUGCGAACAACUAAGUUUGCACUGUGCGCCUCCAAAUCAGCAUCUCCCGAGGGAGAGCCCAGCAACAGUGACAACGUUGUGCCUGCGUACACUAAGAUCAACAUUGGAGAGGAUUCUCAGCUUUUCGCCAACUUACACCAGGCCUUGAACAAUUGGAGCCUUUGCAUUGAAAACAAUGUUAAUAACCAUAUUGGAGAAUGGCAUUCGCUCAUGAUGUUGCGCACCCUGGUGAUUGCUGGGGAAUUCUGUCGAUUGCAUCACUUUUCAAUGUUGGAGAGUAAAGCGUGGAAUCUGGCUUACAAACUUGCUUCUAACUUGAAAGAUGCAAGCACUUGUCUUCAGGUGGUCGGGCGAAGUAUUUCCCUGAGGACUAUCGACAGCGACUGGAUUAGAACUGCGAACAAAUUGAUGACAGAACUACAAACCUCCUCUGAUACUGAAAGUAACGACGCUAUCGCAUUUUUUUGCCUUGGUUUGUCGAAAUUUUACUUUGAAAUUGGCAAGCACGAAGAUGGGGCCAAACUUUUGGACAGAACUGUGGCGCUUCCGACCGUCCACCCUCUCAAAAAUAUUCAGCUUUUUUUAUUGAGCAUGAAAACCGCUCUGCAGAAUUAUCCAUUCUGCUCAAACGAUACUAGGAGCAAAAAACACAUGAUCUAUCUCGUCAAAUGCUUGUAUUCCUUCUUGGUUCUAAUGGAAUAUUCGCCACAACCCAGGGUGGGAGCUAAGAAAAAGCAGUUAUACACUUCUGAGAUUCUUCUCACGUGUACAGCGGAUCUGUCGCUGAGUAUGAACAGCGUGUUGUCGUUCAAGGAGAUUUCAUCCCACCUUACUAAUCGACUAAAGUUAGCUCAGUCCUCGGGGCUUACGCUGCGUGUCGCAGAGUGUCUUAAAAAUUUAUGCUUCAUCGACCUCUCGCGCAUGCACCUAGACGAUUGUCUUGUCAAACUGCAAGGCUUGGAGUACAUUCUUGACAUUGAACACAUCACGGAAUCCCAGAACACAAAUAAUCCUGAGACCCAGACGAUGGGGCUGAAUGAACCAGGCUGCAGAGAUUCUCGCGUUAACGAUUCGUCACCUGUAUUCAGGAAGACGGUUUUUAAACAACCACAAUUUUUGGAGCAUAAAAACUGUCUCUGCUACAAAUGCAGCAGCGUUUAUUACCAGAAUCUUGUACUCGCCAGUACGCGUAUCAGGGCACAGCUCUACUUUUUGCAGGGAUACCUCAAGGAAGCCAUGUCCCAUUUCAGUGGGGCUUUCACGCUGCAAAGAAAGAUGCUGUGGUCGAAACAUCCCGAGACAUUUGCUUGGCAAAACGUACCGGAGAGUAACAGGGUGAAACGGCAUCCUUGGAAGUGCUACUACAACGCAGUCGAGUAUGUUCUAUUUCUUAUCAACUUCAGUCGGUUUAUAAGAGAAUUGGACUCCGAUGAUAAACAGAAUGGAAUCAGCGUCGCUUUGGAAGCUGUUGAUAUUUGCGAAAGAUUUCAUCUCCAAAGUCACCCCAUUUACGUAUCUGCCAAAGAAAUGGUGUUCGAAUAUCAGUUCUGCAACAGGUUUCAAGAUGCUGCUGACUUUGGUAAGUUCACAGUACCUGACCCAGGCAGCAUCGAUGUGAACAAAUACAUCUGCACCAGCAGCAAUAUCGAAACCUCGAAAAUCACCACUCCGGCAAUGAAGCCAUGUGUUAGAAAACCGAGAACAAUACGUCGCAACAAAACUCCACCUUUGCUGAAGUUGACCAAAGUAAGCAUCGACCUUGACGAGUACGAGGAUGUGUCUCAAUCACCCAAAUCGUCAAGACAGGGACCUCAAGCAUCUGGCGAUCACGCGUUCCCUAAAUCUGUAAGGAGGAAAAAUUUGGAAAAGUAUUUAGACUCCGCUUCUGAUAUCGGCAAUCCGAACACAAGCACAGGAUCUUACCCAGGAUAUACGGAGGAAAGUACGAAUGAAAAAAGGAGUUCAUGGAUAAACAGCAUCGCAACUUUGCUAUCUGCGCACUUUUCCGAGCAAGUAGCUCAAAUUCUUGCCGAACCAAAAUUGAGUGAAGUAGAGAUGAUCGAGCGGUUAAUUGAACUUGCUAAACAGAAAAGAAGGAACGAUGACUUUAAUACUGGAUUCUUAGAAUUUGGGCACCGAUCCGGCAAUAAAAAUUAUCGAAAAAAUUCUUACUUGUCAAUUAAAGAUGAGAAAACGUUUGUCCGAAUAAUUAAUCUGACCGCUUUCCUGUUCCCAAGCAUUUCCAAGCAACUAAGUGAAAUUCUCGAUGAAACGGGGUUGCAUGGCUUAGACAAAAACGAACGGAUCAUCGAACUAGUAAAACAGCAGAGAGCUGUUUCAGAAUUAAAGAUCGAAUCUCCAGAUAUUAAGUACCUGUGUAAUGCCGAGAAUUCUCCGAAAAAUUCUCCCUUGUCAAUCGCGAAAUCUGAUGAUGUGGAGAAGCUUGCGAGCUCCUUGAAGAACACACACAUUGGAAUCGAAAACGUGUCAGAAUGCAUCGUUACCAAUGCGCCACAUUUACAUUCCACUAACGAAGGAUCAUCGAUGCUUGGUUCUGCUUCAAGGGAGAAGUGCCAAUACAGUUUUGAAAAUGAGAAGAAUAACGAACCACUGGUGAUAAAUCUGUACGAGGAGACUCUGUCCAUUGUUAAAAAAUCGAGAGUAAGACUUCAGUUUGCAGAUGAAUCCGAAACAGACUCAGAUCAGAGCAAUGGUGAAAUGGACAUCAGGCCUGCGAUGCUUGAGCACAGUCGGCACAAAGAGAGAUUGAGGUCUUCCGCUAGAGCUCCGAGGUCUCGAUCUCAGAGCAGUGACAUUAAACAGAAGAGAGAUUUAAAUGAUCCGGAUGUCGUCCCAUCAACGGAUGAAGUGUACGAUUCAAAAACGGAAGGAUGCGACCUCGAUGACAGGAAGACGAAGUUCAGAAGCUCAGCUAGAAUAAGGAGCAAGAGUCAGCAGGAUAAAACAAAUUGUGUUUCAGCGUUUAAGAUGGACGAAGUGAACGAUUCACAGUCUGAAAUCGAAAGUUCCAAUUUGAUGGGAGAGGAGAGCUUGCAGUCAAAUACUUCAGACCUAAUUCCGACUUCAGACCUCGAGGAACAGGCGAUGAUUGAAAUGCCAAGUAAAAGUAAUACGAAAACAUGUAGAAUGAGAAGUUCAGCUAGAAUUUUGAGAUCCAGGUCUGGAUUGAACGGAAACACAUCAUCGAAUGUGAAAACUUCGAAUGCUACAAGUGGCAUUUCAGCAUCGGGUGUUGGUACACCGACAGAACCGACUAAACGUGAAACCCGUACGCAAAGAAGCAAAACCCUGGCGACAUCGAGAACGAAAGCGUCCAGAUGAUUUGUGAUCAGUCGUACGUCAGUAUCUAAUCAAGUGAAAGGACGAUUUUUCUAUUGGUAUAGAAUGUAUCCCAAUGUUGAAAGUUAAUGACAUUCUAUGCGUAAUGAAGUCAGCGUACUAAUUUGACUCUUUGAUCACUGAUUAGUUUGAUCGUGAUCACUUAUAGAUUGUUAUUAUACAUAAUUUCAGAAAAUGUAGCUAAUGAGCCCAAUAAUUUUUUUUUAUCAUAUAUUUAAUCAUUAGACAUGUAAGCCGAACAAUAUGUUUAUCAUUUCAAUUUUGUGUACUCAAUCGAUAGAUGUUUAAUUUAGAACUGUAUCAAAGUUUUUCUGUUCUAGUACAUGGUCAAAGAAAUCUAAAAAUAGCUUUUACUUUUAAUCGAAUGUCAGCUUGGUUAUUCGCAUUCUCACAUAUUAACGGUGAGCUCCGAAUCGAUGUAUAUCACCAAUAUUUGUAA